AUGCGAUCAAAAGUGCAACACAUGACCGAGAAGGCGCCGCGAGUGGCCAAGAGGACUGUCACGACCGUCAGCGAGGUAGUCUCAACCGCCGUGAUCUGCAACCCAGCAGUGGUCAAAGAUGGCGCGAGGUGUCCAGUGGGUUGUACUCCAGAACCCAUGUCCGUCUCUGGAUCAGACCUAGGGAACACUCUCUCCUGGCAGGGCUGGUCAUCUUGCCUGCCUCUCGGGAUACCGGCGGCCACAGCAACACGGGACAAAGCGGUCACGUCCAUAACAGUGACCCUGCCGAGCAGUGUGACAGUUUCCACUACGAUUUCGCUACCUGCCAUCGACUCUGAAACACCUCUUUCUCAAGGACCUGGUCCGGUCAUUCCUAAUAGUUUUUCGACCACCACCUCCUCAGCAUCGUCCGCAGAAUCAUCCUUGUCCACUACACCGAGUUCAGACAACUUGGCUCAGUCUAGCACGACCAACAUACUCAGCUCCACGGCGAGCACUAUUCCGGACCCCACAAACUCAUCGAAUGAGUCUGAUGUACUAGGACAACACAGUAAAAGCUUCCCGCAGACUGGAGCUGGCAUCGCUACCAUCACUAUCCUCGCCGUUCUGGUUCUCGCGGCGAUCUUUGCGGUCCUGUUCUGGCGACGCCGACGCCGACGGCAACGUCCGGCAGAGUCGCCGAAGCUGGAUGGUGACAGUGUCGAGCUCCAGCACUCUAUCCCGCCCAGUCUGAACACGUUACCCACAGCACUCCCCGAAGAGUACGUCCAGUAUAUUGAGGACAAUCAAGCACGGCGCGACAGGCAAGAGGAGAAUCGGCAAAAAUUCAUCGAGCGUGUUCGGCGAAUCAAGACUGAGGACGAGGGCUCUAGUCAUUCUAGCAGGCUCUUUGGGUCUUGA